AACACAGCGGCUCCUGCUUCACAGCCGCUUCAGACAGGCGGAUAUUUGGAGAAAUGUGACCGGUUACUGUUCAUUUCAGACUUAAUAAAACAAACGAAGCUGGAUAUUUACGACUAAGCGGCCACACAAGCUGGGGGCGGGCGGCUAACUCGCUAAAUUUAAGUUACCGGAAACAGGACCGUGUUUGUGAUGUAGCCGUUUGUCUGCACUCGCCGCCUUAUUACUGCCUACAGAGACGGGGUUUGAGCCCGUUCCUUAAUCGCUGCCAUGGACGAGGACACCCCGACCUUGAAGCCCAGACGCAUCCAGAAUCAGAACGUGGUCCAUCGUCUUGAGAGGAGAAGAAUCUGCUCCGGUCGGCCCGGAGCUCACUGGUACCGAGUGCGCUGCUUCCACCAGAACCUUUUCCCCAACUUCACUGUGGUCAACGUGGAGAAGCCGCCCUGUUUUCUGAGGAAGUUCUCACCAGACGGACGCUGCUUCAUCGCCUUCUCCUCUGACCAGACCUCCCUGGAGAUAUACGAGUACCAAGGCUGCCAGGCGGCUCAGGACCUGCUGAGAGGCCAAGAAGGAGAAACUCUACUAACAGCCAAUGACCAGCGCUCCCUCAACAUCCGAGGUCGCCUGUUUGAGCGCUUCUUCUCUUUGCUCCAUGUGACUAAUGUGGCCUCAAACGGAGAACAUCUCAACAGGGAGUGCAGCCUCUUCACAGACGACUGCCGCUAUGUGAUCGUCGGCUCGGCCGUGUACGUCCCCGAGGAGCCGCCGCCGUACUUCUUCGAGGUGUAUCGCAACAACGAAUCUGUGACUCCCAACCCUCGGUCUCCUCUAGAAGACUACUCUCUCCACAUCAUCGACCUCCACACCGGCAGGCUGUGCGACACCAGGUCUUUCAAGUGUGACAAGAUCAUCCUGUCGCACAACCAGGGUCUCUACCUCUACAGGAACAUCCUGGCUGUGCUGUCGGUCCAGCAGCAGACCAUCCACGUAUUUCAGGUGACUCCAGAUGGGACGUUUCUGGACGUACGGACUAUCGGUCGCUUCUGUUACGAGGACGACCUGUUGACUCUUUCGGCCGUUUAUACAGAAGCUCAGGCUGAGAGUCAACCCGGCUUCCCCCGUCUGUACACCGACAAAACCAUCAACUCCCUCAAACACAGGCUGCUGGUUUACCUGUGGAGGAGGGCCGAGCAGGACGGCAGCGCCACCGCCAAGAGGAGGUUCUUCCAGUUUUUUGAUCAGCUGCGACGGCUGAGGAUGUGGAAGAUGCAGCUGCUGGACGAGCAUCACCUCUUCAUUAAAUACACCAGCGAAGACGUGGUCACACUCAGAGUCACCGACCCCUCGCAGCCGUCGUUCUUCGUCGUCUACAACAUGGUGUCCACCGAGGUUCUGGCCGUCUUUGAGAACACCUCGGACCAGCUGCUGGAGCUGUUUGAGAACUUCUGCGACCUGUUCAGAAACGCGACGCUGCACAGCCAGGCCGUCCAGUUCCCCUGCUCGGCGUCGUCCAACAACUACGCCCGGCAGGUCCAGAGAAGAUUCAAAGACACCAUAGUGAACGCCAAGUACGGCGGCCACACGGAGGCGGUGCGCCGGCUGCUGGGUCAGCUGCCCAUCAGCGCUCAGUCCUACAGCAGCAGUCCGUACCUCGACCUGUCGCUCUUCAGCUACGACGACAAGUGGGUGUCGGUGAUGGAGAGGCCCAAGACCUGCGGAGACCAUCCCAUCAGAUUCUACGCUCGAGACUCCGGCCUGCUGAAGUUCAAGAUCCAGGCGGGCCUGCUGGGUCGGCCGGUGAACCACACCGUGCGCCGCUUGGUCGCCUUCACCUUCCACCCGUUCGAACCCUUCGCCAUAUCGGUGCAGCGGACCAACGCCGAGUACGUGGUCAACUUCCACAUGAGACACGUCUGCGCCUGACGAGCUCGUCUUAUUUGCGGACCGACGCUGCCGGGCCCAUUGUUUUCUGUUUAGCGGCGACACGACAACAAACGUGUCCGUCGUCGGGAGGCACAAAACACUUUGUUCGCUCAGUGGCCCUCUCCUCCUCCAGAGAAAUCAGCGGUCCUCCUCUCCCUGCAUUCUUCUCCUGAUGGAAACCACUGUUCCUCUCCUCUCUGCCCCUCCAUCACACAGUGGUCACUCCACCUCUGCCCCUCCUCCCGCUCAGUGAGAAGGCAGCAAUUCUGCCUUUUUUUUUCUCCCCUUCCUUUCGCCUCCCUCUUUCCCCCUUCCUCGGCAGAACAAAGAGGGACCUGUGGGGAGGAGAGGCUGGAAUAAGUGUAAAUGGAGAUGUGGAGAGAGUGAUUGAUGUGCAGCGGAGGUGGGAGCUGUAGGUAGCCGGACCUCAAAGGUGUUUUCUUUUUUCCUGCCGUGCACAUUCAGAUCAGAAUUGCUUGUCCGGUUGGUCCGCGACCAGCUGUCCAGCAAACGCUCUUUUUUUUUUUUUUUUUUUUCCCCUCACAUGGAUGGGGGAAAGAGGUCAUUUUAUUUUAUAUUGUUUUUACACUUUUUAAAAUAUAUAUAUAUAUAUAUUACUGUUUGUAUAUAUUUUCUGCCAAUAAAAUCGUCUAAAUUUUA